CUUUGCGUGACGUAGCUCUUCGAUCAAUCGCGGUGAAUAUACGUCACUUCCGCGGGAGACUCAAGAAUUGUGUUUUUCCGAGGGAGUUUUUGAAAAUAGGAAAAGUGUUUGAAGUACUCGGAAGAAAACAUAUUAAAAGCUUGAGUCUUUAUUGAGAGGAUGCGCCGAUCUGGAGCUCCGAGUCAGCUCCGUGGAAAUGCUGCUAAGAAACCCAGGUUUAUGCCCCCAGGGCCAGCGAGGACUGAUGGACCACCUUUAUCUGUUCCCCAACCAGAGCCAUCAGUACCGUCAGCAGCACCUACCACACCUGCUUUGGGGAAUGUUUUGCUCAAUAAGGUCCAGAGGUAUUUGAGUAGUGCAGAUGCUCCAGCUGUGUCUAAUGCUCCAGUUGGCAGUAAAGCUUUAGUCCGGGUCCUGAGUGCUGUUCCUCAUGGUGAAUGUAAGGAAAACAGCUUCAGGUCUCCAGGACCUGACUUUCCAGAACCUGAACAACCAGCAGAAACAGACUCAAAAACCUGCUCAUCACAGCCAAAUACACAUGCCAGCUGCACAGCUAAUGCAUGCUACUAUAGUGUCAUGUGGUGCAAGGCGUCAUCACGGAAGCAUAAGCGCUGGGAAGGCGACGCUGUGUUGGUUGCCAGGGGGCGGACUGUUGUCCUUAAAGAUAUGGAGGGGCGGGACAUUGGACGAGGUUCGGGCUACAAGGCAUCUGAGCUGGAGAGCUUGUGUGAGGGACAGACUCUUAUGGUAGGAGGAAAGCAAAUUGAGGUCAUGGGGGUCAUAUCCAAAGAGGACUACGCCAAAGGCCGUUGUUUUCAAGAUGCUCCGGUUGAGACUCCUGCAGAAACGGUCUUGAAGGCUCCUGUAUAUCGACCGGUGUCCAAAUCCUUUACCAGACCAGCACUCAAGGGAGGUGCACUUACAGAUUCUGAACCUGAGAAACCCAUCUGUAAACCCAGACAUGACCCGAACGCACCAGGUGCCCUUGUGAUGCCGCGUCCAACAACCGAUCACCAGUGGCUGAAUAAUAAAUCUGGUUCUCCACUGGUGGAUGUGGUUAUUGACCCCCACUUGACCAAUCAUCUUCGGCCACAUCAGAGAGAGGGUGUGAUCUUCCUUUACGAAUGCUUAAUGGGAAUGAGACUUCCUGGCCGCUGUGGGGCUAUUCUGGCAGAUGAGAUGGGACUGGGAAAGACGCUACAGUGUGUUUGCAUUCUUUGGACACUACUGAGGCAGGGCCCCUAUGGUGGACGGCCUGUACUGAAGAGGGCACUUGUGGUUUGCCCGGGAAGUUUGGUCAAGAAUUGGGCUGCUGAGUUCAACAAGUGGCUGGGCAGGGAGAGGAUCAGUGUUUACACUGUGGACCAGGAUCACCGUGUGGAGGACUUUGUGUCUUCUCCUCUUUGCUCUGUCAUGGUGAUCAGUUACGAGAUGCUGUUGCGCUCUGUGGACCAACUGAAAGAGCUGGAUUUCGGAGUGCUCAUCUGUGAUGAGGGUCAUCGUCUUAAAAACAGCAACAUCAAAACGAGCAGUGCAGUCACAGCCCUCUCAUGUGAACGCCGUCUUAUAUUAACAGGUACUCCAGUGCAGAAUGACCUGCAGGAAUUUUAUUCCAUCGUUGAGUUUGUAAAUCCAGGAAUUCUGGGAACAUCUUCAGCCUACAGGAAGAUUUAUGAAGAGCCCAUUCUCAGAUCUCGCCAGCCUACCUGCACUGAGGAAGAGCGGUCCAUUGGAGAGGAGCGUGCCGCUGAGCUGUUUCGUCUAACAGGUGUGUUUACAUUAAGGCGCACUCAGGAGAUCAUUAAUCAGUAUUUAUCCGAGCGGAUAGAGUGGACCGUAUUCUGCAAACCCACUGAACUGCAGCUACGUUUGUACGGAGUCCUCCUGGCCACACGGCCAAUCAGAGCCUGCCUAUCUGGUGCCAGCACACACACUUACACACACAGCCCACACCUCGCAUGCAUCACUGCCCUCAAGAAACUCUGCAACCACCCUGCGCUGCUCUACAAGACUUUACAGAAGUCGGAUGAGAUGUAUGAGGAUGGAAUAAUGGAACUCUUUCCGGAGGGGUACUCUACAGGUGCCUUCAACACUGCAGACUCUGGAAAACUUCUAGUGCUAACAGACCUGCUGUCAGCAAUACAGAACGUCAAUCGCACAGACAGGGUUGUUUUGGUGUCCAACUACACACAAACUCUUGACCUACUGCAGGAGGUCUGUGAUCAUAUUGGCUAUAAAUGGUGUCGGCUUGAUGGACAGACCCCUGUAGCCCAGCGACAACGAAUUGUUGAUUCCUUCAACAGCCCACACUCAUCCAACUUCCUGUUGCUACUCAGCUCCAAGGCUGGAGGGGUGGGACUGAACCUCAUUGGUGCCUCCCAUCUUGUUUUAUAUGAUAUAGACUGGAACCCUGCCAAUGACAUACAGGCCAUGGCAAGAGUGUGGCGAGAUGGACAGAAGAAAACAGUUCACACCUACAGAUUUCUUACAACAGGUUCUAUAGAAGAGAAGAUUUAUCAGAGGCAGGUGAGUAAACAGGGCCUUUCUGGGACAGUGGUGGACCUUUCCAAGAAAGCUGAGCAUAUUAGCUUUUCUGCUGAAGAGCUACGGGACCUUUUCAGUUUUGACCCAAAUACCACCUGCCUCACACACAACCUGCUAGACUGCCAGUGCACUGGAGAUGGAAAUACACCAGGUUUUGUGAAGGAGAUCGAGGAGGAGACUGGGAGGGCAUGUCAACUGGGUCGCCAUGCUGACAGCACGGCAUCAUUUCCACAACGAGUCAGCAUGUCCGAGCUCAUGCACUGGAGGCAUUUCUCUGGAGAUGUUCAGUCUUACGAUGAUAUUUACCUAAAUCAGGCCCGUAACCACAUCACAUAUGCCUUUCAAAGCACCACUUCCAAAUCCCAAACCACGGUCUAAACUCUUCCUCUUCCGGAGACAUUUAUAUACAAACCCACUGCCCUCAUGCUGUUUGUUAAUAUCUGAUGUAGGAUUGAACAUUACACUUUUUCCUUUUAAUAAAUCUUUUUAUGUUGUUAUUAUAUUUUGGUUGUGUACGCAAGCAAGUGUGUUUGUGUCCAUUUAGGGAACCCGCUGAUGUAAAUAUCUGCUCCUUCUGUCCGAAUGAAUCAGAGCAGUACACAGAAAUAGAUUUAUAGCGCAAUCAGAAACAUUAAUAGAAGCGGGGAAAAAAGGCACCAGGGCAUCUGUCAGACAAACAAAUCACACAUUAGGCUUUUUAUUUAUUUAUUUUUUUUAUCAUCCAAUCCAUUUUUCUAGUUUAAUCCUGUUUGAGAAAUUCAUUCCACAUCAAUUUAUCUUAAAUAUAAUGAUUUUUUUAAAUCAUUAGUUUACUUUCUUCUUUGGUGAUUAUGGAAACAGUCUUUACAUUGCUACUGAAUCAGUUGAUUAAAUAGUAGGUUGACCUCCAUCAUCUGUUUUAUUACAUUGUUUCCCCCCAUUAUCAUCCUAAUUUAUACACUGUGGAUGGUUUAUAUGAAAUGUAUUCAAAACCAGGAUUGUGUUCCAUCUAAAUAGGAGAAUCAUUUAACAUGACGCUGUGCAGGAUUACAUUGGUUGCACAAAUGGUUCAUUUAAUGCAUUUCCUAGCUAAAUCUGUCCAUUGUCACCAUUAGUAACAGAAACAUUGAGUACAAGAAUCAGAAAUUACAUAGUUCUGUGGCUCAUUAAUGAGACAAACCUGAGUGCACGUUUACUGGCAUUGUUGUUUAUUGACAGCGUUUCAGGGUUGAACUGGAGCAGUGAUAGAUCGUUCUGUUGUGAUAUAGCGUGUGAGUCCGAUUUUGUAUUUCUGCAUGCGUUAGUAUCUCUGCUGGUAAGUGGCGGUUUGGUGAUGGCGCGUUUGACACUUGUGUAUAAGCAACCUCUUGAGAGCCUGACACUGUCCAGGCUGUGAUGGUGAGAUCCCAGCAACUGUUACCAGAGUAACAAUACAAUGUUUAUUGGGUCUGUAGGGAUGAGUGUAUAUUCCACAGCCAAGCUUUACUGUAAGUGCUGUCAGGUGUGCAGAUUGUUUUUGCCGUUUAGUCCCAUGGGGAAGUAUUCGGCUGUUAUUGGAUGUAAUAA